AUGAAGGACAACCUCGGCGGCGACAAGGACAAGAAGGGAUCCAAGGGUAAAAAGGGGGGCAGGCAGAACGGGGGGGGCGACGGCGGUUCCGAUCGCGUCGCGGAGGCGUUCGCGGACGCGGAGCGCGUGGCGACGCGCAAGGCGCCGCGAAGUCAGUCGUCGUCCGCGUCCACGCGCCGACCCGGCCCGUCCAAGGGCCCCACGGCGGCGCCACCGGCGAAUCGUGGCAAGUCGCCAGCCUUCGACGAGCUCACCCCGUCUGAACUGCGACCCGACUUUGGCCUGCGGCGCGACUUGUACCAGCUCUACGACGUCAAAUCGCUCGACGACGAGGAGCCCAUCGGGGCUGGAUCGUACGGCAUCGUCCGUAAGGUGCGUCGCAAGUCCGACGGCAAGCUCUUCGCGCUCAAGACGAUCCGCAAGGCUCCGUGGCGAGCGCCUCCGACGAGUAGGACGAGCGUCCAGUACUACCACUCCAAGCUUCGCAACGAGCUCGAGGUGAUGCGAAAGAUCGGGUCGAGCCUGUCCAUCGUGUACCUGUACGACUCGUUCGAGGACGACGACGCCGUGCACCUGCUCAUGGACCUGUGCACGGGGGGCGAGUUGCUCGGGAGGAUACGAGCCGGAAUGAGCUACAGCGAGGCGGACGCCGCGGAACUCGUGCGAUCCGUGCUCCGCACCGCCGCGCAGUGCCACUCGCGCGGGAUCAUCUUCCGCGACAUCAAACCCGACAACUUCCUCUUCGAGCGACCCGGCGACGGGAGCCCGCUCAAGGCGACGGACUUUGGCCUAGCCGGCUUGAUCAAGCCCGGCGAGAGGCUCGCGCGCCGAUGCGGCACCCCGAGCUACAUGGCCCCCGAGGUGAUCAACCGCAACUACGGAGAGGAAGCCGACGUGUGGUCGUGCGGCGUGGUGGCGUACCAGCUCGUCACCGGCCGUUUGCCGUUCGUGGACAAGGUGAACCAGCGACCCAACGCGAAGGAGGUGUUCCGCGCUAUUCUCGAGGACCCGAUUGACUUUCGAUCCGAGCCGUGGCCGAGGUUGAGCGCGGAGUGCAGGGAUCUGGUGAUGAAGAUGAUGGAUCGAGAUCCCGCGAAGCGAAUCACCGCGAGAGCCGCGCUGCUCCACCCGUGGCUGCAGCAGACGGCGGCGGAGGCGAAGCAGCCCAUCGGCGGGCAAGUCGUGGCGCGGUUGCAGAGGUUCAGCACGUACGGUUUGCUGAAGCGCAGCGUGCUCCGGCUCCUGGGGGAUCAGCUCAGGGAGAGCGACUCGGAGGAUGGCGACGACGAUGCCGCGGGGGGCGCGAGUGGGACGGGCGGGAAGUUUGUCGACGGGGUGGUGGCCGAGGAGCGCGAGCUCACCGGCCAGUUCCUCGAGCUCUUCGACCUCCUGGACACCUCUGGGGACAAGCUCGUGGAGCCCGAGGAGCUCGAGGCGGGGUUGCGCAAGGUUGGGUACACCAUCAGCACGGACGAGUGCAAGCAGCUGCUCGAGCAGCUGGACACCACCAACGACGGGUUCAUCGACGUCAACGAGUUCCUCGCAGCGCUGGUGGACUGGGAGGCGCUCGAGCGGUCCUCGACCGAAUAUCCCAACUGGGUCAAGCGCGCGUUCGACAUGCUGGACAAGGACGGCAACGGGACGAUCGACGCGGAGGAGGUGGCGGAGCUGGUGUUCAUGAACGACGACGACGACGACGAGGGCCGGACGCUCACCGCGGAGGCGAGGAAGGCUGUCGCGUCGUGCAUCCAGGAGGCGGACACCGACGGCGACGGCUUGAUCGACUUUGACGAGUUCGUGGCGCUGCUGCAGAUGGACCCGACGGACGCGCUGGAGGCGUACGAGUGGAGGGUGGAUUCGAGCGGGAGGGGGGGAGUCGAGGAGGAGCUCAUCCAGGCGUGA